AUGGCUGCCAAAGCUUCAUUCCAACUUUUCCCGUCUCCGGCGAAGAACAAGAAGAACCCGUUCAGGACAAUACCCAGGAGAGAAGAGACAAGAAACAUAUCCCCCGUUAUUUCUGAACCGGAUGAGAGCAUCAAGUCCGGCAUUCAGACAGAAUCGGUCAUUAUCAAGAUCAUUGAAGACACAAACACUGACACCAUACAACCCCAGUCGACAGCUCUGUCCAAUGUUUCGCCCUCAGAGACCCUGUCAGACGCAACACAUUUUAAUCCGGAGCAACGUCAAAGAACUCCCGUCUCUCCCGGAAAACCAAUCAACUCGAUGUUUCCGCAGUACAMCCCUAMCCUGCCAUUAAACAAGCAGGCUUACUUUCCUCGGAACAGGGAUUCGAACAACACAUCUCAAGAAAGUACUAUUUUUGCAAGCGGACCAUAUCGUGAAACGCAGGUUCCUCCUGAAGUUGAUGCCGUUCUUGGGCCCAAGACGGUACCUGCUAGCGUGUUCAACUUUCCUUCUGGUGCCCUAAGUCCUCGGGUGCAUUACUCAACCGCAGAAGACUUGGUGACAUUAUGGGAGUCAGCUAACGGACAAGAGUUACGAGAGACUUUGGGAACCUUUAACCUACGUGCAGAGAGAGUCGACACUACUACUUUCACUUUCGGUAAUCCUCAACUGCCAUUCUACACUUUACACACUGGUGCAGAUGGGUUCUCGUUGCUACGAAAUCAUCCAUUGAAGCGGAACCGCGGUGUCCAAGUCAUGGCUCUCGACUUUGAAAACCCAGCUCGUCGACAACCACCCAACGACGGAUUAGUGACGGUAAUAUUUUCCAAACUCGCGGCGAUGCUUGCGGUCGAACAAGCUGCAGAACUCACUCGACAUCAUGCCUUAGCUCCAUCCGAAGCCAUGGAAGUAGAGACAAAUGCAGUCAACCGUGCUGCGUCUCAAGAGUCUUGUCGUCUCAUUUGGAAUGAACGGCAACAUCGAUACGAAUUACAGCACCCGUCUAUUCUUAAGCAACAUUCACCGGCCUUGCUAGGCGAUGAUGGUAACCCGCUACCCCGAGUACAGACGGCGAAACCUGGCAUCCUACAUAUUACCGUUUCCCUCACUGCGGAGAGGGAGUCCGAGCAUUACCAGCCUCCAGUCAUCAUGGUCACAAGCCCGCGGUCACCCAACAGUAUCCAGGCAGGAGAUAUGGAAGCGACGCCACGGACAUCAACAUUACCGCAGGCGGAUAUUGAUGAACCCCUGGCCUCCUUCGAUCUCAACACCAUGAGUCUCUCUAUAUGUGCCGGACUUACCACGAGCAUCAUUCCAUCGCUCUAUGCGAUCGACUCUCUUAUUGUAGCCAUUCUUGCCGUCGCUGUCACGGACGAAAGCACCUACCCUGUCCUUGCCAACACGGAAUUGUACGUGUCGGGUCUGGACUCAUCACGAACUCCAAGACAAACACCGCAAAAGCAUCGUAAAAGCCGGUUGUUCCGCAAUUCUAUCGCUUCUACAGCCGCGAAAACGAACACCACGUAUUCGGGGAGAUACUUUGCCACGUUUGCCGAACGGGAAGAAGCGGAGGAAGAAGCCAAACUAAUGGCUCAAUUGCGCGCAUCGGAGUCAAAGGAACGAAGCAAGAAAAAGAAACACAGCACCUCGGAAAAGAAAAAGGGCGGAAUGUUCUCGUUUCUUGGUAGCAAGAAAAGUCAAGGCAAGCCAGAUGGCAAAACAAAGCAGAUAAUAGUCGAGGAAUUUGACAUGGAGAAAUACGGACAUUUUGGUCAAGGAUCGAGCAGAGAAGGUCAGGAUUUACCUGGACCGGCAAAGAUGUUGGUGAGCUUGUUGGUUUUCGGGUUGCAGAUUGUUGUUACGUUGUUGUCGACUGGUGUCAAAUGUGCUGUGUGGAUGGUGGUUAAUGUGACUCGAUGUGUGACGAGUGAGAAAUUUUGA